UUUAUCAUGCACACACAACUCCAACGGCACGUCACAUCUUCACAAUGGCGAACCCAGAGAUGAAGUCUGUAAGAACUAGUAUUCUUGACCCAGUAAAGGGUCUCCUUCUCGAUUAUUUAAUGCCCGAAUCAUGCUACGACGAGUUUUUCCUUGAUUUUAAUUUUCUGGAUGUGCCAUGUCUGACGAUCGUCCUGAGCAAAGGGCUUGGGAUUGGGAUCAUUCUGGGGUCUGUGAUGGUGAAGUUGCCCCAGAUCCUCAAGCUGAUGGGGGCUAAGAGUGCUGAGGGUCUGAGCUUCCAGACUGUUCUGCUGGAGCUUCUGGCCAUCACCGGCACCAUGGCCUACAGCAUCGCCAACAACUUCCCCUUCAGUGCCUGGGGCGAGGCACUCUUCCUCAUGCUGCAGACGGUGAUGAUCGGCUUCCUCAUCCAGCACUACGGUGGGAACUCGCUCCGAGGGGGGCUCUUCCUGGUCGCCUACUUUGGCCUGCUGUUCCUCGCCCUCUCCCCCGUCACGCCCCCGUCCGUGGUCACCGCCAUGCAGGCUUCUAACAUGCCUGCCAUCAUCGUGGGCCGGCUGAUCCAGGCGGUUACCAACUUCCAGAACGGACACACGGGGCAGCUGUCGGCCAUAUCUAUCUUCAUGCUGUUCGCUGGCUCCCUCGCUCGCAUCUUCACCACCAUCCAGGAAACGGGAGACUCCCUGAUGGCCCUCACCUACAUCAUAUCCUCUUCCUGUAACGGCAUCAUCGCAGCCCAGGUGCUGUACUACUGGAACAGCGUCCCAGGACAGAAGAAGAAGAAAGAUUAGGCAGGCCAGGUGGACGUUCACACCACAUCUCCACAGACUUCCUGUCUCCAAAACAACUAGUACACAACUCACCAGGACCAGUGUGCAGUUUAGGAUUACAAGGUGUGUGUACGGUUGAAGUUGUGUACUAGGUAUGGAGUUGGAUACUGUUUGAGAUUUGCAUAGGCACACACACAGACUCAAACACACACAGACACAAACACACACAGACACACACACCGAGACACACCAGUUCACACACUCUGCGCUUAACCCCUCACCAUGGGAACCGGGGCCCAACUCAACAUUCUACGUCUGCUCCAGCCUUCUAAUGUCGCCUGGCAAGACAUCUUACAUUCAGUUCCUUUUCACUGAAGUUUCCUCCAUAGCUCUUUCAACAGAGAAACCCCAGGGGAGCGAUUCCAGGCUGGGUUGACAUAAAACCACAGAGCUCUCGCUAGAAGGCCUCUGCUUAGUCAGACCCAUAUUUAUAUUGUAUAUUCCAGAUAGAUGCCCCUCAGCUAGCAUCUAUCUCUAGUCAGACAUCGCCACUUCAGUCUACACAGGAAGUGCCCUUGUUUUGGACACAGUUUCUUAGCUCAGGGAAGACAAGGGGGGGGGGGGGGUCAGAUCGUUGUGUGAUUUAGAACACUGAACAUGUGCAAUACCGUAUAAUGUCUAUAACCUCAUUCCAUUCGACUUGGGUUCUGUCCGAGGAGAAGUCUCGUUUUGGUUCAGCUGUGUGAGUUCAGGAGAGUAAACAUUCUAGAACACAAAUAAUAAGGAAUGCACACAUUCUAGAACACACAGUAAAUAGCACGUACAUUCUAUUAACAAAUAAAUAACGGAAUCAACUAGAAUUUGGGGGAUAAUCUAGCUGUCAAGGAUCUAGCAACAGCUAGUCGUACUGUGACGUUGUUUGUCCUGGGGAUUGGAGUUGACCUUCCCAGGUCACGGAAACUUCCAGGCCAUGUCAUGACAGCUGUCAGGAAGCUGCUCUGAAACCAACGGUUUUGUAUUCCAAAAACAAAUGCAGUUGCACCUUCAAAAGCUCUGUCUUUGUCAGUCUGUCAGCAAGUGCUGUUGUUGUGAGGUGAUGAAUCCGAUACUGUAAUGAUUUAAAAAGUCCAAGAUGCAAAGUUAGAAUAAAUAUUUGUACGCAAGAAAAAAUAAAUUGAAGCAGAAAAUGUCUCUUUAAUUCCAGGUGAUGUGUGUUUUAGCUUAUGGACAGGUUUCCUGUUGGGUAUUACCUGUCCAUGUUAUUAUAAAGGUUAUUAAAAGCUUUGGGAGUGAAUUCCAUCCUAGAACUGUUGAUUUCUCAGUGUGGACAUGACUAAAUAAACGUGGUUAUGUUUGACCAGUUUUCAUGA